AUGGAGUUCGGAGGAGGUAAUGCAAAUGAUGACAUAGAUGCCAUGUUCAGUAAUCUCCUUGGAGAGAUGGAUCUGCUGACACAGAGUUUAGGUGUGGAUACUGUCCCACCCUCAACUGCAAUGUCCAAUCAGGAUUCAGAGUUCAAGCUCUCAAUUGGUUUUACCGAUGUCAAUGAGUCUCUCAAUUCACUGGAAGACACCGACUUGGAUGCCUUAAUGGCAGACCUAAUGGAGGACAUCAAUCAGACAGAGCAAGUCUGCAAUGCAAGAGCCAUGACAGCUACAUCUCAAGCCACCCCAGUUUCAGCUGCCAAUACAAUGCCGAAUUUUUCAACGAUUCCCUCAGCUUCACAAAGAGGAUAUGCAGAGCAACCAAGCCUAGAUUUCCCGCCACCUCCACCUGACAUGUUUCUGCCUACCGCUUCAGCUUCUGUGUCACUUCCACCACCACCACCUCUGGAACCUCCAGAACCAUUGACAGAGGAAGAAAAAGAGGCCCGGGCAAAAGCUGAUAAAAUCAAACUGGCUUUGGAAAAGCUGAAAGAGGCAAAGGUUAAAAAGCUGGUUGUUAAGGUCCUCAUGAAUGAUAGCAGCAGUAAAACACUGAUGGUUGAUGAAAGACAGACUGUGAGAGAAGUUCUGGACAACUUAUUUGAAAAGUCUCACUGUGACUGCAAUGUGGAUUGGUGCAUGUAUGAAAAAAAUCCGGAACUACAGAUUGAACGGUUUCUGGAAGAUCAUGAGAACUUGGUGGAGACCCUGUCACAUUGGACGCGAGACAGCGAGAACACACUUCUAUUUGUUGAAAAGAAAGAAAAGUAUGCGGUCUUUAAAAAUCCUCAGAAUUUCUACAUUGCAAAGAAGAAAGCAGAAGGGAAGAAUAUGAAAGAGAAAAACAAAGAGGCUUUACUUGAGGAAUGUUUCUGUGGAACAUCAGUCAUUGUACCAGAGCUUGAAGGAGCCCUCUGUGUAAAAGAAGAUGGAAAGAAGUCGUGGAAACGUCGAUACUUUCUCCUACGAGCUUCAGGGAUUUAUUAUGUUCCUAAAGGAAAAACUAAGACAUCUCGUGAUCUGGUUUGCUUCAUCCAGUUUGAGAAUGUCAAUAUUUACUAUGGAGUGAAUUACAAGGCGAAAUACAAAGCACCAACUGACCACUGCUUUGUACUGAAGCACCCUCAGAUUCAGAAAGAGUCACAAUACAUCAAGUAUCUGUGCUGCGAUGAUCCCUGGGCUCUACAACAGUGGAUAACAGGGAUACGAAUAGGAAAGUACAAUAAAACAUUGUAUGACAAUUACAAAGUUGCAGUACAAAGGGCUGGUUUGGCCUCAAGAUGGACAAAUUUUUCAAAUGUAGAAGCUGUCAAAACUACAAGCACCAUUCCAGCUAUUCCUCAACCGAAUGGACAUCCAGGAAAACCCCAGAAAGCACUGAAUCCAGUCAGUCCUGCAUUUCCUGAAUCCUGGAAAAAUGCACAGGAGAAGACAACUUAUAAAACUGAUAUCAACUUGCCACCGCCACCUCCUCACCUUGGUUAUCAAGAAUCCUCGCAGGUUGAAGAAGAGGAGCUACCACCUCCACCUCCAUCCUUUGAACCUCCCCCUCCACUUUUUCAGCCUCCUCAAGAGCCAGCCAUGCAAAAGCCAGGACCUCCUGCACCACCCACCCGUCACUUCCCAUCUACAACAUCUGCAGUACCGCCUCCUACUGCAAUCAAGCGGAAAAAUUCAGGUGCAACUAGCCAACUGAAGCCAAAUGCACACAUUGCAGAGUUACCUCCUCCCCCUCCAGAUCCAGAAAAUUUUCCAGAACCACCACCUGAUUUUCUGCCACCUCCUCCUCCGUGCUUCAACAACAAUUCUGGGGAAGCGCCACCGCCACCACCUCCUCCUCCGCCUUUUGCUUCUAAUCCCACUAUCAGUGCUGUGAAAAAGCCAGUUGUGCCAAAGAGGGGUGAGAAUACGACAGUGACCUCCACCAACAGACCUGGAGGAGGUGGUUCCUCAGACAAGCCAGACCUUAUGUCAGAUCUCAUGAAGGCCCUACAGAAGAAAAGAGCUGCACUAAAUGAAUAAGCACAGGCAACUGAAUCAAAGAUUUGUGUCCAUAGGUACUUUACAGUUUAUGUGACACUAAACCAUUUACCAAAAACAGCUUGAAUAGACUCAUACUGGCAAGUAGUCUGAUCUGGACCAGUAAAGAAGCAGUAUUUGAACACAGUUGGUCAGGCAUCUACAGGUGUGGAAAGAAGCAAUAUAUUGCAAGUGUUACAUUAUCAAAGAGAAUAUUGAUGUUCAUACGGCGGAUGUUAAUUUUUCCAUAACUGUACAUAGGCAUUUUUUAGUGUGGUUUUACAAGUGUAUUCAUGUUUCUUAACAGUGAAUUUAAGUUUCUUUUGAUGGCUAAUGUGAUGUGGCAUUGAUCUAGAGAGACCAGGAAACCUGUACUGUUUUCCAUGAAUUUGGGUAGCCCAAUGUCAAAGUCAUUCAAUAUGAUCUCCAUAUUAGAGGGAUAUGAAACAGCCAAAGCUUCCACUACUGGUUGCCUUCUCACUGCAAAAUAGGUAUGUUCAGAGAUACCCAAAAAUAAAGUAUCAAUCUGACAAAGCUUAUGUGUCAAACUGCGGAAAGAGCAAUUGAUACAUAGAAUUUAGCAAUUCCACAACCGCCAGAUCAGAUCUGAGCUCUACCGCCCAUCAUAUCCAGCAAUGAACAGUGGUAGACAAUUAAACAACUAACACCAGGGGAGGCUCAGAAAUAGUCACAACAGUGAGGGAGCCCAGCACAUUAGUUCCACAGAUAAUGCUGAACACUCACAAUAAUCUUCAACCAAAAAUGUUGAGUGGAAUACCCAUCCUGGCCUCUGCCAAAGGUCCCAGCAUCACAGCUUCUAGUCUUCAGCCAAUUCAAUGUACUUCGUGUGAUAUCAAGAAAUGGCUGAGAUACAAGACACUGCAAAGACUUUGGGACCUGACAACAUUCCAGAAUAGUACUAAAGAUUUGUACUCCAGAAUUUGCAGUGCCCCUAGCCAAGCUGUCCCAGUAGUUACAACACUGGCAUUUACCCAAUAAUGUGCAAUGUAUGUUCUGUACACAAAUGUAGGAUGAAUUCAACACUGCCAAUUAUUUGCCCCAUCAGUCCACCCUCAAUCAUCAGUAAAGUGAUUGAAGGAGUCAUCGAAAGUGCGAGUAAGCAACAGCACUUGCAAAGGAGUAACCUGCUCACUGAUGUUCAGUUUGCCUUAUUGGUUCAAACAUGGACAAACGAGCUACAUUCCAGAAGUGAAGUGAGUGUGACUGCCCUUGACAUCAAUGCCGCAUUUGUCCAAAUGUGGCAUCAGUUAUUCCCACCAAAACUGAAGUCAAUGGAAAUCGAGGAGAAACUGUCCACUGGUUGCAUCCAGGCUGAGCACAAAGGAAGAUGAUUGUAGCUGUUGAAAGCCAAUCACCUCAUCCCAAGAUACCUCUAUAGUAGUUCCUCAGAGGAGUGUUUGAGGCUCAACCAUCUUCAACUGCUUCAUCGAUGACUUUCUCUUCAUCAUAAGUUCAGAAGUGAGGAUAUCACCAAAAAUUGCACGACAUUCAGCACCAUUCCCAACUCCUCAAAUACUGAAGCAGUCCACAUUGAAAUGCAGCAAGACCUAACUUAGGCUGUUGUGGGAUCGUGUUCAAAUAAUGACGGAAAUCGGUGAGUGGCAAAAAUAGCCUCUUUUUCAGAAUCCGCAGUAGCACAGUUUGAGGCAGCGAUGGAAUCACAAAGUACAGUUCUUACAGUAGCCUCUUUAUAGACUUAAAAAUCACACAACACCAGGUUAGAGUCCAACAGUUUAAUUGGAACCACACUAGCUUUCGGAGCUUCGCUCCUCACUAUCACAUGAUGAAGGAGAGAUGCUCCGAAAGCUAGUGUGCUUCCAAUUAAACCUGUUGGACUAUAACCUGCUAUUGUGUGAUUUUUAACUUUGUACACCCCAGUCCAACACCGGCAUCUCCAAAUCAUGACUCUUUAUAGAUAGUUCUUAAAAUUCUAGCACUAUAGUGUUACAUAGUUUUAUCUACUUACACAAAGAAAGUUUGUAUGACAUUUGUCCGGGGAUAGUGAGGACUGCAGAUGCUGAAAUGUCAGAGUUGAUAAAAUGUGGAGCUGGAAAAAGCACAGCAGGUCAAGCAGCAUCAGAGGACCAGGAGAGUCGACAUUUUGUGCAGGACGCUUAAUAUGCAUUUAACAGAUAUGUACUAGUUGAAGGAACAGUUUGAUGUUCUGUAACUAAUCAGGUCCCUGAUAAUGAGUCCUACCCGAAAUGUUCGACAUUCUUGCUCCUCUGAUGCUGCUUGACCUGCUGUGCUUUAAAAUCAACGAGGUAAAAACAAUGACUGCAGAU